AUGCGUGUAAGCUCGACUGAUGACUACUGUUUGAAAUUACAAGAUGACCUUAAUAGUUUUUCUGAAUCGUCAAACUCAAUGGGAUUGUCACUUAAUUUAACCAAAUGCAAGGUCUUUACGUAUCAUAGAACAAAACAUCCUAUUGUGUUUCACUAUAGUAUUACUGCAGUAAAUAUCUCGCGUGAGUUAAACUCUACUACAGAUUUAGGCUUCAAGUUUAGUUAUAAUCUUGAUCCUAUGCUUCAUAUUGAUUAUGUUUGCUGUAAAGCUUUUAAAGCGUUAGGUUUUAUUAUGCGUUUGGCCAAAGAUUUCAAGCAAGGACUUUCACUUAAAAUGCUAUUCUGUUCUAUAGUCAGACCUAUUCUAGAAUAUGGUAGUGUAGUGUGGGAUCUUUAUACUGCCUUGGGCUCGCUACAGCUUGAGCGAGUUCAGCGAAAGUUCCUACGCUUUGUCAGCUACUCGCUCGACAUAGUCUGUCCUAAUCACAAUCAUGUCCCUGUUUCAUAUAUGCUUGGCCUAUCCUCAUUAGCUGAGCGUAUACGCAAUGCUGGAAUUAAUUUCCUAAUUGGUUUAUUGAAUGGUAAUAUUGAUUCGCCGAGCCUGUUGUCCCUCAUAUGUUUCAGAGUACCUCAGCGCGCAACAAGAAAUAAUGCUCCAUUUGUUGUCUCUCACUGCCUAACUAAUUAUGCAAAAAAUGAGCCACUCAGACGUCUUAUGUCUAAUGCCAAUGUUGACCCUAUUUUUUCAUUUUAA